AUGGUAUUUACAUUUUGUACACCAUUACAUUUAAGCAUAAAUAUAUGUUUAGAAAAUAAUGAAGGUCUUCGUGGAAUAAGACGUGAACGUUGCAUACCACCAUG